AUGCCGAGCCAGGCUCCGUCAGGCCAGAUAAUGCAGUACUCCUGCGACGCAUACAACUCUCUGCCCGACGUGUCCGCCGCCUCGGCUGCCUUUCAAGCCUGCGAGGGUGAGGUCAUCGCCCGAGACCUCAUGCGAGAUCUCUUCCGCAAGAAAAAUGUGCAAGAUACAUUUGGGCUGACGCUGCUGCACCGACACGGGCGGCCGCUUGCCGCCGGCGAGCGCAUGACAGCAGUGAGCGGCACCAGGAGCCCAGCACCCAGUCAGGUUGGUGAGCCGUCUGUCUGGCGCGUCAACGAUGCCGACGGCCGCGUGAUCCCCAUCGAGUUCUCCUUUGACGCGCCCUCCAUCAACUGGAAUAAAGACGACCUUCAAGAGUUUGCGAAAGAGUUCUUCGCCGUUCUGCUCGAGCACCAGGCGGAGAGACACUUUGGCCUGUGCCUAUAUCCAGGCGACGGCUACCCAGGCCAUAUUGACGUCGAGGACGGUGAAAGUACGACGGGGCUGGCACCAGAAGAGGCAUAUAAUUUCCCACGAACCGACUUGAUAGAAGUGGCAUGGUUCUACACCGAUGACCACCUAGACCGCGACUGCAAAUACUACUGCUUGAAUACCAAGAAGUAG